AUGGCUUUUGGUGGGCACGACUAUCUAGGCAAACGCGACGAUGACCUCGGUCGACGGCCAGGCUCGCAGCCAUGGUCCUGGUCUACUGCCCUGCGCCUGCGCCGCCGCCGCCUGGCCAUGGGCCUGCUCGGUGCUUUCCUGAUAUGGCUCUUCGUACACAACAUUCCUACCGACCUGGGAAGCGUCGAUGAGCGCAUGGGUCAUGCGCUACGGCCGGGUCAUCGAGUGAACGGCGUCGAGUUUGGCUAUAGGCCGCCUGCUCGCCCUGCUCAACAAGCACAAGCUGCCCACCCGAACACUCCCUCCAAAGAGCCGACCGGCCCUCCUCCCAAGCCGCAAUCCUUUGGAACCCAAGAGAAUCACUACUAUGCCGGCCCUGUCAAGUUCUACAAGUUGGCAAAGACCAUUCAGGCCAUCGCUCGCACCAUGGGCCACAGAAAAGACAAUAGAAAUGUCUUGUUUGCCGCUUCCAAUCUCAGAAGCGUUGCAAACCUACUGCCCAUGGCCUGCGAGAUGGCCCGUGUAGACAAGAAUUUUGUACAUUUCACCUUGUUGGGACGAGAUGCCAUCCCCUUGGAAGACGUGCUCGAGAUAAAUGGUGUUGAUCGCGACUCUUGUGACAUAUUCAUCCACGAUGCCCGAUGCGAUUACUCCGAGUACAGCACAGAUGCUCGAGCAGAGGCUUCUGUAGUCGGCGCCCUUGGUCAUAUCCACAUGUACAUGCAUCCACAAGCUGUCAUCACUGAUGACUCUUCUGUCGAAGACGCCUUCUUCAUCAGAGGCCUGCGCUCUAAACUUGGCACUCUAGCCAUCCCGCUCAUUGAAAUCCCGAAGGGAAAGUACGAGGAUUUCUUGUGGAUGACCCGUCUCGAUACCGGCGGCUUGAUCUCGUGGCACAAGCCUAGUGUGAACAUUCUCAUCCACGCUCAGCCUCAAUCAUCAGGUUCGCUCCUUCGUCUGUUGCAUUCAAUUAAGACCGCCGACUACAGCGGACUUUCUUACCCUGAUAUCACCAUUGAUCUUCCUCCCGAUGUCGAGCCGUUUGCACGCGACUACUUACGGGACUUCGAGUGGCCCCCUCACCAAGAUCAUACCGGUCCACGUCAACGCAAAGUCAAAGUCCACCAUCGCAUCUCUACUGCAAAGACAACGACCGAGACCAACGCCCUCCGUUUCCUCGAAUCCUUCUACCCUGUCGAUCCUGACCACUCUCAUGUCUUGUUGCUCUCUACGCAGACAGAGCUGUCGCCUCUAUACUACCAGUAUCUCAUGUACCAUGUCUUGCAACACAGAUACUCGGCAUAUGGCUCAGACGAUGGAGAUAACCUCUUUGGAGUGGUUCUCGCGACACCUGAUGCUUAUCUCAAUGGCACUGGUCCUUUCAACACACUGACAAUGUCUGACACCGAGAAACAACUCAAGAGUAUGGAUGACUUGGCCGUGCCAUUCUUGUGGCAAGCCCCUAACGCUGAUGCUGCUCUCAUCUUUGGCGACAUCUGGGCCGAAGUUCAUGACUAUCUCAAGAACCGUCUUCGUGCGGCGCACGAUACCUCUUCAGUACAUCAAGCGCCUACAAAGCGUGCCAAGCUUGUCUCGGAAACUCAGCCCGGAUGGCUUGAAUACAUGCUAGAGCUGAUGAGAGCAAGAGGAUGGAGAAACCACUACCCGGCUCAACUUGGUGCUGGAGCGUGGGCCACUGUGCAUCGGGAUCUCUUCCAGAAACCAGAGGAAUACAUGAACAAACCUGUGAAACUUGAAGAUGAGCCAAAGGAGGCAGAGCAGAUGAAGAAAUCUGACGAUGAAGAACCUUUUCUCAGUGCAGAACCAGCCGCAGAUCAAAUUCGUCGACAGGAGGCAUAUCUUGCGCAGAAAGAACAUGACACGUUACAACACUCUCAGCCUCUGCAUGCACUAUUGCCCUAUGAGACUGAGCUCACAGAAAUGGCUCUCUUGCCUGUACUAGAUUUCACUGGACAGAAAGUGGAACGAGAAGAUUUAAGUCGUCUAGCAACAGAAUACCGAUCACUGCUGAGAACACAAGUCGGUGGUUGUAAUGCUGCGGAAGCUUCGAACGAUCGCAAAUACGACCUUGGCAAGACAGGCGACUUGUUCUGUUUCAUCGGUCAACCCGACCUGGAAGAAGAAGGAGACGCGGACGACAAGACUGCCAAGGCAAUCCUAGGAGACGAGAUUUCUGAGCCGGCAUCAUACGCCAUAGCGGAAACAAAGGAGCAUGCAACUUCUCCUGAAGAUUCAGCUCCAGCGAAAGAAGGAGCACUAGACUCCGCAGCGAAACAGAAAUUGGCGCAUAUGGAAUUUGAGCCGCCUAUCGUCGAGCAAGCCAAUCAAGAGAAAGCAGAGGUCAAGGAGAAGGCGCCAGUCAACGAACCCUCUCUUAAGCAUGGAGGAGGCACAUUAAAGCCAGUUGUCGAGGACUUAGGACCUCCGAAAGUGAAAGGUAGUCAAUGA